AUGAAGCUCGUUCACAUUGUUAUUGUCAAGUUUAAGCCUGAAGUUGACGAGGCUACCAAGGAAAAGGCUAUGGAAGACGUAUUGGCCUUGAAAAACGAUAUCCCAGAAAUUAAAGCAGCCACGGCUGGCAAAACUUUCACUGACAGAAGCAAAGGAUUUGAAUGGGGCUGGGUUGUUGAAUUGGAGAAGAAAGAGGAUCUGGCAACCUAUUCGGACCAUCCCGCUCAUUUGGCUUAUGUAUCCAAGUACAAGCCCUUGUUUGCUGAUCUCAUCGCUCUUGAUUAUAUGUCUUAA